UCCACACUUGCCAAAUUGAAAGUGUGUUUUCAUUUUAAUUGUGAAGUUAAUUUGUAUACGUUGUUUUUAUAUGUUAUACUAUUGUUUCUUACUUUGUAAAACUACCAGUUGCGCUCAUGUCUGAAUAACUAAUUUCACUUAACAUAAAAUCAGCGAAAAUUUAAAAUACUGCCUACGGAAUUACUGAAAAAAAUCUGUCGUAAGGUGUCUAAUUUAGUCAUCAAUAGUGUGCUCAAUGGAAAAUUCGGAUCCAAAUGAUCGCAAGAGGAAAAGUGACACAGUUUUUCUAUACUUCGUUUUAUGUACAGCCAAUGUUCUUCAGUUCGAGUAUGGCUGCUGCCUCGUUUGGACGUCCCCUGUAAUUCCUCAACUUCAAUCACCUGAUCCAGAGGUCAACCCCUUAGGAGAGCGAAUCACCACUUUCCAAAUAUCUUUGUUAGCUGGGAUACCUCCAUUAGUGAUGAUUCUAGCACCGAUAUUAUUUGGAAAACUUCCUGAUGUUAUCGGAAGAAAAAACACGAUGAUCGGAAUAUCUUCAGUGUUCUUACUGGCAAAUACAGCACUGUCCUUUGGAAGCCAUAUAUAUGUGUACUACGCUGGAAGAAGUGUCAUAGGACUGUGUAUGGGUCUAUUGAUGAUUGUGCUUCCAAUAUAUUUAAAUGAAAUUUGUGAAGAUCACAACAGAGCUAAACAUGGAUGUCUGAUGAUGUUUUUCAUCCCCCUUGGAAGUCUUUAUGGUUUCCUUGUAGGUGCAGUAACAACUGUCGAAGUUUUCACUCUACUCUCUACCAUGCCUCUCAUUCCACAACUGAUCGUUUUCUGUUUGGUGUUACCUGAAUCGCCAUACUACACAGCGUCCAAAGGAGAAAAACAAACGACUAUUUCAAUAUUGGAGAGGUUGCGAAGUAACAAAAGCAGCGAAGAAAUCGAAGCAGAUUACAAGCACAUUGAAACAACACUAAAAUCCCUAUCAAAGUCAGAAAAAGGUAGCUGGAAGGAUAUUCUGAGAUCCAAAGCAUCGAGGAAAGGAUUCAUCAUCGGUUUGGGUUCGUGUCUGUCAACUCAAAUGUCAGGAAUUCCUGUUAUCAUGUCCUACAUGGGACUCAUUUUCAAUAAUGCUAGAACAAACAUGUCUGGAAACGCUGUGUCAAUCCUGGUUGGAUCUGUGAAACUUUUUUGCUACUUCGUAACAAUGAAUAUUGUGGAAAAAUUCGGUAGGAGACCGUUGCUACUUUUCUCUUCUACUGGUUGUGGAAUAUCGCUUGGUAUCCUUGCUGUCUAUCUGUAUUUGAAUGACGUGGAUUCCCCUAUAAUCGAUAAUAUCAGGUGGCUCCCAGUUGUCUCUAUAUUGGUUUACAUUUCUAGCUUGUCCCUAGGACUGGGCUCAAUACCCACAGCAAUUCUUAGUGAAUUCUUUUCAGAUGACCUAAGGUCAGUAGCUACAUCUUCUGCUUUGAUAAUAGUGAAUUUCUGUAUAUUCAUUUUGACUACAGCUUUUCCUAUUUUAUCAGAGCUUUGGGGGGUACACUACUGCAUUGGAAUUUUCAGUAUCAGUUGUUUCUUCAGUUUCAUUUUCCUGUUCUUGAUGUUUCCUGAGACCAGAGGCAAAAGUUUCUUGGAAAUUCAAGAAAUAUUGAUGAAGUGAUAUUGAAGUACUUCUAUAACUGUAUUAUCUCUUCAAUGUGGGCAUGUUUAUGUGAAUUCCAAUCAAAAGUUAUUCGAAAGAAUGAAGAUUGAAAUUUCAAUUUUUUCUCUUGAGUAUAAAUUGAUGUAAUUUGAACAUUAACUGUUCACUUCAGAAUGUUGCAAAGAGGAAUUAAUCUUGUGACCAAACGUAACCUACCAUAAAUUUUUUUGUUUCAACGGUUUCGACUAUGUUAGUCAUUAGCAAUAUAAAUUAAUCAGUUACUGCAUCAUCACGAUAUGCAGCAUAUCAGCCAUGUUCCAUUACAGAAUCAUACCAACUUCAACUGGACACAUUCUUUCAAUAAAAAUAUCUGGUCUUGGUGGGAGUCGAACUCACGACCUCUCGACUGUGAGUCGAGAGGUCGUGCUAAUUCACCGAUAAGUAGUGAAUGUGUGGCCACGAAGGUAUUUAUUUAUGUGGUAUGAUAAAUAUGUAAAAAUGUAAAGUAAAAUAAAAAAGUGUCUCGGA